AAAGAGAGAACUACUUCUUUUUCCGUUAUCUCUCUGAGAUUACUGUUAUAUAUAAAAAUUAUGUGAAGAUAAAGAGUACGAUUCAAUACUAAGAACACUGUGAAGUUGAGCCACUUUAAUUCAGGAGUUUAUCAGUCAGCAACUUUGGUCUUGAUUCUCCAGACUUCUACGCAGUGUGAAAUAUGCUAACACCAACUUCCACAUUGAUAAGUUUUAACAAAGCAGAUUUUAUCUAAACGGAGGAAUUUAUAUGCAAAUAUUUAAGAAUUUUUGAUACCUCAUUGGAGAAGAUAAACUAUUGUACUUAGUUUAACAAACUAUAUUGACCACAAAAAUGGUUCAUCGCACCACAGAUAAUCUUCUAAAAGAAGCUGUCAUCCAAAUUGGAGCUGGAGGAUCAGCAGGUUUCAUUGAGGUUUGCAUAAUGCAUCCAAUGGAUCUUGUCAAGACACGUUUUCAACUUCAAGUAAAAACAGCAAAGUCAGACCCAUUGUAUUAUACAGGAAUUCGUGAUUGUAUGACCAAAAUGUAUAAGACUGAAGGACUACCAGCAUUUUGGAAAGGAAUACUACCUCCAAUAAUUGUAGAAACUCCUAAACGUGCUGUCAAAUUUUUUACAUUCGAGCAAUAUAAACAGUUCUUCUUAUUUGGCGCUAGUGCACCCACUCCAUUGACCUUUUCGUGCGCCGGUUUUUUCGCCGGGUUUACAGAGGCUAUAUUGGUCAAUCCUUUUGAGGUCGUUAAAGUGAAACUACAAUCUAAUCGAAAGCAUGUCAAAGAGAGCCCGUCAACGUUCGCGAUAACGAGAGAAAUUAUAUCAAAGCAUGGUUUUGGUACAAAUGGCUUAAACAAAGGCCUGACAGCCACUAUAAUGAGAAACGCUGUGUUCAAUUCGUUCUAUUUUGGUUUUUAUCACUCUGUCAAAGGAUAUAUACCAGUCAAAGAAGAACCUUGGUUGGAAUUUCUAACUAAAGUUGCUGUAGGAUUUGUGUCAGGUACUGUUGCUUCAUGUUUGAACAUACCAUUUGAUGUUGCCAAAAGUCGCAUUCAAGGUUCACAGGAUAAUACACAAUACAGAGGAACACUGAACACUAUGUAUAUUGUUUACAAGAGAGAAGGGUAUUUAUAUAUAAUUCAUUUACAUAGAAUUAUGCAUGGUUUUGCUCACUCAUAUGUUACUUUUACAUUAUCUCAGAUUCAGAGCUUUGUACAAAGGCUUAGUGCCAAAGGUGUUGAGAUUAGGCCCAGGUGGUGCCAUCAUGCUUGUUGUAUAUGACUAUACGCAUGCGUAUCUUACAAGGAAAUUCAAAGAAUAAUUUUUAUGCUGCAUUUAAAGGAAUUAUAAGAUAACUAUAAGGACAAGUUAUUCUCCAAGAAGAUGCAUUUCUUACACAUACAUACAUACAUAUAUAUAUAUAUUAUAUAUAUAUAUAUAUAUAUAUAUAUAUAUAUAUAUAUAUAUAUAUAUAUAUAUAUAUACAUGUGUGUACGUUAAGAGCAGAAUGAAAAUUUAUGAUUUUGUUUUCAUCUAUUAACUGUAUAAAAAUAUGACUUUAUAUGUUAUAUAUGAUAACUA